AAAAAACGUACCUGAUUACAGUGCAUCCAGAGAAAGAAAUGACCUAGGCUUUGUGACAUUUGAUAUACAGACUGAUUUAACCUCUUUGUUUAAUUGGAAUGUAAAGCAGUUAUUCAUAUAUUUGGUAGCAGAAUACAAAACGCACCACAAUAAUGUAAACCAGAUUAUUUUGUGGGACAAAAUAAUUUUACGUGGAGAAAAUUCAGUACUGGAUUUAAAGAAUAUGAACACAAAGUAUUAUUUUUGGGAUGAUGGAAAUGGCUUACGGGGGAAUAAAAACAUUUCUUUACAUUUAUCAUGGAACGUAAUACCAAAUGCAGGACUAUUACCCAGUACCAAUGGAAUUGGACAUCAUGAAUUUGGAUUUCCAGCAGACUACACAACAUCACGGGUGUGAGCCUUUAAAACAAGAUGUUGAUUAAUUCUUCGACAUAAAAAAAAAUCAUCGUGAUUUUUAUGAUGUAUUUGUACAAAACAUGUAUUUUA